AUGAGGGGAAGAGAAAGAAAAAGAAAAGCAAAGGGUGAUUAUGACUUGGUAGACCGAAUCAGUGCGUUGCCUGAUGAACUUCUCUCCAUUAUAGUCCAUUCCUUGCCUGUUAAGGAAGCGGCAGCUACUAGUAUUCUUUCCAGGCGAUGGAAGUAUAUAUGGAAAUCUUCAACAAAUCUCGACUUUUCUGAUGCUAGGUUUAUUGUUGGUAAAGGUUUUCGCGGGUUCCUUCAACAACGACGACAUGAUAAUCAUCAAAAUAGCCAGAGAUAUGUCAAUUCGGUAAAUCGUGCGAUUGAACAAUAUAGUAACCCAACCGUCGAACGAUUCAGGGCUUGCUUUAUUAUAGAUCCUCGGUAUACAGGGGACAUUGUUAAUUGGCUUCAAUUUGCUAUGAAUAAGAAAGUCGAAAUAUUGGAGUUAGAGUUCUACAUAGAUUCUGGUUUGACAUAUACGUAUCCUAUAUAUCCUUUUCCCCACAAACUGUUAGGUAUUGGAGAAAAGUCUGAGCUCCAGAACUCGUAUUCUUCCGACCCUCCAAGUCAUCAAUCUUGUGGAUACAACAUUGGAUUUAAGUUCCUCAAAGUUCUCCAUUUUCGUUGUGUUGAUGUGACUCGAGAAGUCCUUGAGUACUUCUUGUCUAACUGUGCAGCUCUUGAACGAUUAACUGUGAAUGCUGCUCACAAUUUGGUGGAUCUGAGAGUUGGUGGCCCCUCGAUUGCCUUGAAGCAUUUAACGUUAAUAGAUUGUUCUCGCCUCGAAAGUAUUGAGGUUUGUGAUGCAAAGCUUGUCUCUUUCCAUCUUUCUGGGAGAGAGGUGAAAAGACUGCUUCUCACUAGAGUACCGUUGCUUGUUGAGGUAUCCCACAUGACUGCAGUGAGUUCAAUAAGGCUUCUCCUCACCCAACUUUCAUUUUGUAUUUCCCAGUUAGAGAUUCUCAGUUUAGAUAUAAAUGGAGGGGACUACAAUUGGGAUCAUGUAUUUCCUAUAUUAUCAAAUCUCAGGCAUUUAGAAUUAAAAUUUGAUUCAGACUGUGAGAGUGAUCUUUGUAAUUUUACUCGUUUCAUUGGGGCAUCUCCCCACUUGCAUAGACUUGUGUUGAAGUUGCAGAACUGUACGCGUACGAAGCCUGAAAUAUGCAGGAAGAUAGGUAGAAUUGCCAAAUUCCCCCGUCAUUACCUCAAGGUAGUAGAGAUAGUAGGGUAUCGUGGGAGUCAUUGUCAUGUUCAACAUGCACUAUACUUUGUAAAGAAGGCUGUCGUAUUGGAGAAAAUUGUUAUUGAUCCUGUCCGACGUUGGGGUGCUUGGCUCGAUAGAGAUUUUAAAGAAGUGGAAGAGGAAAACGACGCAAGAUAUCAUGCUAAUCGUCAUCUCAGAAGAAAAGUGCCUUCAACAGUUGAAUUUGUAUGCCUGUCAUGA